AUGGAUUCUUUCCCACCAUUCAAGCACCGUAAAACCUUCGGUAAGACUUAUUUUCUUUCUCCCCACUUAUUCCCCCCCUUUGUCGUGUAAACGCUCCUUUUCGCGAUUCGGAGUUGCUCUUGUUUGGCUGCUAGCGCCCCCUGCUGGCCCAAGGGGCUGAGAUUAAUUCGGUAAACUGGGGUGGGGGGCUAGACUUUGGGCUGUCCUGUUUUGGGGAGAGCUAAUUUUGGGAGGGGAGGCCGAGGGAGAGGUUAUUUUUUUUCUAUUGCCUUAAUUGACCCAGUUCUGUAAUUUUCCACUCUGUCUAGCCUCCAGGAAAAGUGAAGUGGCCACGAUCCGGAUGAAGUUUCCUGGCAAACUGCCGGUAUGUAGGCUUCUCCUUAUCUUGUUGGGUAUGGGGGCAUGUUUAUUUGGGCUUGCUUUGUUGUAUUGGACCGUUUUGCAUGUUAAAAGGAAGCUGGGCUAUGGUUCAGCAAGGGUUUGUGUAUAAUGCUAAACAAACCAUGGUUCAGAGAAAUUAAGUAAGGCAGUUAUGGGCAGCGCUUUUUUUUCUAAAAAAAUGCUUAGGGGUACUCUCAUUUUGACUCAAGAAAAUCACCAUUUUAUUGUUCAAAUCGGGAAAAAUACAGUAGGUGGACAAAAGUACGAAGAUUCACAAAAUGUUUAGAGGUAUGCAUACUCCUGCGUACCCCCAGAAAAAAGCACUGUAUUUAGAGUAAAAGCGGGGGCUGUUUUGCUCCUGGUUCUGUGCUUGGUACCCAGCCCAUUGUGUUAUAUUUAUGCUUAGUUAAUUUAAAAAUAAUUAAGAUUCCUGAUGUGUCCCUAGGCUUGUAGUUUGUUUGGCUUCCAACAACCAGUAAUUGUAAUCAUGAUUUGUUGUUCUUGGUUAACCAUUUUGUUCGAGGAAGACAAACCAUGAACCUUGGGUUCACACAUAGUGCUAAGCCAAACCAUGGUUUACCUAGUAGUGCAGGAGGACCAAAGCAGCUGUAAUUGGUGGUCUGGCUGCCUGCACUUUUGCUUGCCAUUGCUAAAUCAAUUAAGUCAAGUAAUAUAUCAAUGUAACUGAGAGAAAUUCUCAUUUUUAUUUUCUCCAUAUAUAACCCUCCCUCAACCUUCCUGUCCAUGCAGCAAAUAUUUUUCUUUAUAGGAUUGUAACUGAGCUUAAGUGAAACAUUCCUGACUCCCAGUUGAUGCAGUUUCCCAAAAAAAUAGAUGGUUAUCGGGAAAUCUUAAAACAAUUAUUUAGCCCCAUAUUGCAAUCAAAAAACCCCCACCCAGAACCCUCACCAAUAAAAUCACAUCCUUGUUCCUAAAAUAAGAUGUUGCACCCCUGCAAAUUAUUAUUAUUAUUAAUUGAAUUUAUUAUUGAAUUUUUUUUAGAGAUUAAAAUCAAGAUAUAAAACCACAAAAUGCAUAACAAUACUAAAAACAACCACCCAAUAGCCCCCGCCAACACACAUUUUAAAAGGGCAUAGGAUGUAAAUCGGAUCAACCAAAAGCCUGGUUAAAAAGGAACAUUUUUGCCUGGCACCGAAGGGUGUAUAAUGAAGGUGCCAGGCGAACUUCCCUGGGAAGAGUGUUCCACAGACGGGGGGCCACUGCAGAGAAGGCCCCGUUCUCGUGUUGCCACCUUCUGGACCUUUUGAGGAGGAGGCACACAAAGAAGGGCCUCCGAAGAUGAUCUCAGGGUCCAUAUGGAAAGAGGUGGUCCUUGAGGUAUUGCGGUCUUGAGCCGUUUAAGGCUUUAUAGGUCAAAACCAGCACUUUGAAUUGAGCCCGGAAACUAAUUGGUAGCCAGUACAGUCUGACCAAGAUCGGUGUAAUAUGCUCAAACCAUCUUGCUCCGGUGAGCAACCUGGCCGCUGAAUUCUGCACCAGCUGAAGUUUCCAAAUUGUCUUCAGAGGCAGCCCUACGUAGAACGCAUUGCAGUAAUCUAACCUUGAAGUUACCAGAGCAUAGACCACAGUACAGUGGUAUCUCGGGUUAAGUACUUAAUUCGUUCCGGAGGUCCGUUCUUAACCUGAAACUGUUCUUAACCUGAAGCACCUCUUUAGCUAAUGGGGCCUCCUGCUGCCGCCGCGCCGCCGGAGCCCGAUUUCUGUUCUCAUCCUGAAGCAAAGUUCUUAACCUGAAGCACUAUUUCUGGGUUAGCGGAGUCUGUAACCUGAAGUGUAUGUAACUUGAGGUACCACUGUAGUUAGCUAGGGGUCAGCAAACUUUUUCAGCAGGGGGCCGGUCCACUGUCCCUCAGACCUUUUGGGGGGGGCGGACUAUAUUUUGAGGGGGGGGAAUGAACAAAUUCCUAUGCCCCACAAAUAACCCCGAGAUGCAUUUUAAAUAAAAGCACACAUUCUACUCAUGUAAAAACACGCUGAUUCCCGGACCGUCCGUGGGCCGGAUUGAGAAGGUGAUUGGGUCAGAUCCGGCCCCCGGGCCUUAGUUUGCCUACCCAUGAGUUAGGCUAUCCCUGUCCACAUAGGGGCAUAGCUGGGCCACCAGCCGAAGCUGAUGGAAGGCACUCCGGGCCACUGAGGCCACCUCAGCCUCGAGUGACAACAAAAGAUCCAGGAGUACCCCAGGCUACGAACCUGCUCCUUCAGAGGAAGUGCAACCCCAUCAAUCUCCCACCCAUCUGGUCUAGGGAUCCACCCACAAGCAGUGCCUCUGCCUUAUCUGGACUGAGUCUCAGUUUGUUGGCUCUCAUCCCGUCCAUUCCCGAGGCAAGACACUGGUCCAGCAGUGAACAGAUGAGUCAGGCAAAUCAGCAGCAGGCUGAUAAACCAGUGGCUAUUAGUCAUAAUGGCGACAAGUAGAGCCUUCCUGUACAGAGACAGUCUAUCUGAGUACUUGGACAAAUUGGAAACGGCUGUCUUCACUUGUAACCAUUUUGCUUAAGCUUCCCAGGGGAAUCUGACCGUCUGCUAUUGAAGACCCAUCUCAGACGUGUCUCUUCUUCCUUUGCAGAUAAUCCUGGAGCGCUACCCCAAGGAGAAGAUGUUGCCAGCCUUGGACAAGACCAAGUUUCUGGUUCCCGAAGACCUCACCAUGGGCCAGUUCAUCACAAUCAUCCGGUGAAUGAGCCUCCGAGGAGACUGGGCAGCCUGUAAAAAAUGGGAGGCUUACUAAGCAUCUGGCUGGGUCGCUCAUCCUUCUACAACCAUAUGUUGGGCUGGAUUUAAGCAGCGACUAUGUUAAUUGGAUUUUUAAUGCUCUGGCUUGGUGUGUGUGAGUGGGGGAGAAAUAUUAUUAUAUUGGCACACAGGGAAAUAGGCUUGGAGGGGCAGUAGUAGCUGGGGCUGGUGGGGCGGAAGGCAUGGAGACGGAGCUAUAGCCAAUGACAGCCAGGGCUGGAGCCAAUCGCAGGCGGAGCCAGCUCCCGAUUGGUUGGAAGUCAGAAGUCGGGCAGGUGUGGGCAAGCUCAGGGCAGCGCGCCAUGCACCCUAAUGGACCAGACUCCACUGUUUGGGGGCAGGUGAGGACUCAGAAUUUGUUUAGGCCACCCGGAAGCCAUGUUUUGACUCGUGCCCGUUUCCUCCCUCAGCAACCGAAUGUGCAUCGGGUCCACUCAGGCAUUCUACUUCCUGGUCGACGGCAACCGCAGCCUCGUCAGCAUGUCUUCCACCAUGUCUGAAGUGUACAUGACGUACAAAGAUGAAGAUGGCUUCCUCUAUAUGACCUAUGCCUCUCAGGAGAUGUUCGGCUGA